GCGCCGCACUGCAGCAUCCCGGGUGCCGGGCUCGCGGCUGCCGCAGUAGCGGGGCCGCCCGUGGGAGCGAGCGCGGCGCCGAGACCCCCGCGCCGUCCCGGGGCGCGCGAUCGCGGCUCGCCCGGGGCCCGGACAGUGCGGACAGGACGGCAGCUUUACAAUGAUAUGGUGAAUCCCAAGACUGGAACCCAACAGAUUUUCUCAGCUCUUUUGUUUGGACGCCAGUCAAUUAUCUAUCAACCCCCAGCAUGGCUAAAAGUGCAGAAGUCAAACUGGCAAUAUUUGGCAGAGCAGGUGUGGGGAAGUCAGCUCUUGUAGUGAGAUUUCUGACCAAACGGUUCAUCUGGGAGUAUGACCCCACUCUUGAAUCCACCUACCGACACCAAGCAACUAUUGAUGAUGAAGUUGUCACCAUGGAGAUACUAGAUACUGCGGGUCAGGAGGACCCCAUCCAGAGGGAAGGACACAUGCGCUGGGGGGAAGGCUUCGUGCUGGUCUACGACAUCACGGACCGCGGGAGCUUCGAGGAGGUGCUGCCGCUCAAGAACGUCCUGGACGAGCUGAAGAAGCCCAAGAACGUCACGCUCAUCCUGGUGGGGAACAAGGCGGACUUGGACCACUCCAGGCAGGUCAGCACAGAAGAAGGGGAGAAGCUGGCCACGGAGUUAGCCUGCGCCUUUUACGAGUGCUCGGCCUGCACCGGCGAGGGCAACAUCAGCGAGAUCUUCUACGAGCUGUGCCGCGAAGUGCGUCGCCGCAGGAUGGUCCAGGGCAAGACCCGGCGACGCAGCUCCACCACGCACGUCAAACAGGCCAUCAACAAGAUGCUCACCAAGAUCAGCAGUUAAGGCGGCGUCGCCCGGGCUGGGAAACGCGCUCUGCUGCGCCCUGUUUAUGUUCUUCCAAAAACAAAACAAAAAAAAGCAAAAAACAAAUAAUACCAAACCCUCUGUGUGUUAUUCUGGCUCUGAACGUGCCGCUGCUUCCCGUGAUUCCCGGGCUCUCGUCUGUUGAGUCGUGGUAGCGUGUUUCACUGCAUGCCAGUGUUGACGGCGUUGCCCUCUCCCGCUUGGUUCGUAGGACACCCGCUAAUGUCAUCACCAGAGAUUGCAACGUGGCAGGGUUUGUGUUUAGCUAUUACUAGGCAUCUUCACCUUGCUUAAGUAGCUCAGAGUCUUCUCCCAAAGCAGUUUUGGGCGGGGUUGUAGACAAAGAUUAUAAAUGCUUCCGUUUGACGUCUAGGGUCACAGGGAUGCAAGGAAAACACGGCAUGUGGCGUGCAGGUGAUGAAGCAGGGAGUCGAGACCCAGUUCCUCUUUGCCAAGAGGGUUUUUCUGAACUAGCUGAAAUCUUGGAGCUUUUUUGGAACCCUGAUUUUGUUCUUAAACUCGCACAUACUCUCACGAAGCUCUCCAUUUUCAUCAGAAGUCCCAUUUCAAUUCGAAUUGAAAUUCAGUUCUCCACUCUCAGUCGUUUCUAGGUCAUUGCCCUGAAUUCUUCUCUAUCUCAAAUAAGAUUUGAUUAGGACAGGUAGCAGGACCCGUCAAUUAAAGGCCCCCAACAAGCCAUUUCUAUCAAGCCUGGGAUGCUGUGAAGACGAUUGGAAUCUGUUCUCUGGACCCACUUUAUUGCAUGCAAAUUGAGGAUUUAGGGAUGUCCAGUUCAUUUCUUUCUCUGUUUAGCCCUAGAAGAAUACAUCCAAAAAGACAAGAAAGAAAACAAAGCUUAACUAUCCUUAUACUGGAUGGCUGAGCUUCUAUCCUGUACCACACUGAGAAGGAAAAUUAGUUAUUGAUUCAUUAGAUGAGUCACAUAUCUUCAUUUUGAUAUUUUGGAAAAUUUUUACCCACUUAGUAAAAUUCAGAAAAGAAUAAGUGAUCAAAAUGUAUUUUACCUGAAAAAAGUGAGUAUUAAACAGAUUCUUGUAUUGUGAAAGUACAGCCUAACACGUAAGACUUUGAUUCUUUUAUCCCUCUUAUGCCCCCAUAUCAAGAUUUGGGCACUUUAUUUUAGAAGAAAAUAUAUAUCUUUUACAUAUGUGUGUAUUUAUAAAUGCAUAUAUAUAUGGAUGAAAAUUUGUAAGAGUAGGAGGCUUUAUUCACCAAAGCAUUUGGACAACUUGGUGUAACUGACUAUUUUAUGUGACUACAAUAAAAUGCUUAAUUUUCA